AUGCCCGGACUCGGUACCAGAAACAACGUCAGGUCGGCCAGAAGCUUCGCGGCGAAGCUUGUGGCAGAUUGUGAGCCUAAAACCCGCAAAAAGCGAGAGGCCGAGCUGACCACCGCCUUGAACAACUUUGCCACGAUGUACCAGAAACUCACGAACAGUGUCAAUGGUGCAGAUUGGCAUGUUCACUUCGUCAAGGUACUCGAGGACAACAAGAGCCCCGCCAACGCCAACAACGCCAACAACGCUGUCAACGCCGCCAAUGUCAACAGCACUGCCUUGGUCAACAGCAACGCCAUGGUCAAGGGUAACGCUGCCAUCGUCAACAAUGCCGUCAAUACCGUCAACGCCGCCAACGCCAACACCAACAACACCAAACGCCCCGCCGAUGCCAUGAACCAGGAUGGCAAUAACGGUGAUGCUUCGAACGCCAGCAAGCGCGUCAAGGCCGAGGAUGCCCAUGAGACCACCUUCAAAGUCGUCAGCUACUUGGCUAACACAGGCUACACAGCCACAGUCUACAAUCAUGAAGGCAACAAGAGCCAUGAGUUCGCGCUCAACGGUCCGGCUGUUGUCCACGUGCAUACUGGAGCCGGAACUCCCACUUUCGCUCAGCCUGCCGUUCCCGCGACCAGCACUAGUGCCAAUGCCCAGGCCGACGGUAAUGGCAGCCACAGUGCGAGGCCAGUUUCCUUGGACAUGCGCUAA